UUCUUUAUUUGUGCCUUUUUGUUCUAUUCACUUUCCCCCUCAUGUAUUAUACCACUGGAAGCCCAUGAUUUAUCCAAAGACAGUUUAAAAAGGAGGGGGAACAGUUUAAAAAGGAAAUAUUUGCAUCUGCCAUAUAGAAAGGGCCUGUUUUUGACCUAUGGAAGUUCUGCAAAAAGUCUAUACAUUUUAUAUUGGCUUUAUUUUCUCCAUUGUAUAUAAUUAUUUAACUAUGCCUUUUCUUGAUCUUUGUCAAACUUGGACAAUGCUAUUAAUAUGAAUACACUGUGGAAAAAAACAUUUUUGUCAUUUUCAAAUCUCAGUUGAGAAAUACCUUAACCUAAAAUCUUUAUAAAUGGGGGGGAUUCUGUUUUGGCUUUGUCACACAGGUACUAACUCAAACUGUUUCUAAGAUGUGCCACUGUACAUCAAUAUUUCAGGGAGAAUUAAGAUGCCACUGCCCUGAUAAGUAAAUAUGUCAUUUUGUGCUGUCAGAAAUAGGUCAAGGCUCACCAUUUAUAGUUCCUAUUUUAGUUUUUAUUGUGCUUCCCUGAAACUCUGACUGUUCUGAGUUCCUCUUUCCUGCAGUAAGGUAUCAGGGAUGUCCAACCGAUGGCUUUCGAGCCAUAUAUGGCUCUUUUUAGUUAGAUGUUAGGUAUCCAAUUUCAUGUAGUUUUAGUUAAAAUAAAAUAAAAAAGUCCAUUGCAAAUGACUGGAGCCUGCCGUUGUUCGUAUGUUUCUGUUUUGUUAACUGUGUGUGAGAUUACCAAAAGCUGGUAUCUCCAUCUUAAUACAGUAGAAACCAUAUCCGUGUUUUUAAAAGUCAGAGGAUAGGUAGCCAUAUACAAGUUAUUAUUAUUCUUGUUUAUGGUUUAGGAAGGGAAUACAAAAGUUACUUCUGUAAAGUUACUGAUAUAUAAAAGGUACACAUUUCCCUUCUAUUAGUAAGUAAACACAUUGCAAAUCCUUACGAUUGUUUAAUGUCAAAUGGGAGGAACUUUUUAUUUUUUUCACAGAAAGCAAAACUGCUUCAUGUGCGUUUUGUUUGAUUUGUGAGCAGGGAUUUAGAAAGUUAGCUUUGCCACAACAUUUUGAGACAAAACAUUCAAUGUAUGCUUCUCGGUUUCCCCUUCUGUUCCAAGUUACAAAAAAUAACAGUUCAUGAGCUAAAAAAACAAACAAAAAAAAAAACUAUGUAAUCAACUUAGUUUGUUGCUUCUGUCCUUUCAGGGCAAUGCACUAUUAACCAAAGCUUCUAUAAGAUCGAGUGAACCAAUUACUGAUGGUUUGCUAAUUAAGGAAGCUGCAACUGUUAGUCAAGACUGUGUGCAGAGGUGAGAGAUAUGCAGUUGUGCAAAAGGUCACGGAUGUGACACUAGGCAGGGAUACAGUAACUUGACACAUAGGACAUUGACAAAAACAUUUUUGAGCAAAUGUUGCAUAAUAAGAAACUGGUGGGUUUUUACAGCUGUUGAUGAAUCAUGUUCUGUUUCAGACACAGUCCAGUUAUAUGCCUGUGUUUGGUAUGGAAAUUACUUUUGCUCCAAGGAAGAAUUAUUGGGCCUGCUGCUAUUGCAUAUGAAACAACUACUGCUGUGGAUAGAAAAGCACACUGGGACCAGACAGAACAGGAAAACUAGUGGCAUUGACAACUGAUGAGGCCCGCGCAAUGCUUGGAAGCAGGGCUUAUUUAUUUGAUGCUGAAAGGAUGCAGCUUACCCUGAUUUCAAGAGUUCAUUCCACUGGUCAUUAUUUUUUCCUACUGUUUAAGUGCUAAGAUAUUUGAUUUUACAGUCUGUAAGUGUAAAUAGUUUGGUUUGAUUUUGUGCAAUUUAAAAGUUUUAAAUGUUUGUGGCUUCCUGGCACUUUAAUGGUCAAUAUGGCUCUACUUGCCAAACAGGUUGGACACCCCUGAGGUAAAUCAUUAUUUAAGAGCAAACAUUUUAUAUACAACAUUGAAAUAUCCUGCUUAAAAAGUCCUGAACUGCUAAUAAUUAUGAUGUGAUUUUACAACAGCGUAAGUGACAAGAUAAAAAACAAAAUUCUCAAAAAGUUUCCUCAUGUAUGCUGUGGUAAAAGCAUGGUAAACCACGGGUAAGCAUAGUAUUGUAGUAAUGGUAUUGUAAAAAAAAAAUUCACUACUAUCAGUUCCUGGGAUUUCCAGCAAGAAAUCAAUGCCAAUGCUCACCACCCAUUCUUCAGAAACUACUUCAGAGCUGAUGGCUAUUCUGAGGAAGUUAGAGGUUCAAUUCUACUGACAUCAUGUGCAUUACAAUUCAUCAUUUCUGUGCAGCCCUAUGAUUAAGUGAAACUUAUUGUGUGCUUCCUGUAAAGGGAUGGGGUCUUAAGAAAAAAACGAAGUCAUUCUGACAGUAAACAAUCAAGUAACUGGAUAUACAUGGUGUAGACAGCCCAGUUACUUGAUAUAGAGUAUAUACAAAAUGAGUAACUGCAACAAGAACUCAGAAUGACUGGAAUGACAUCGUAAAGAGGUAAGAGAGUAAAACAUCUACAGCCACAGACAAAAGUAUUGGCACCCUUUAUUAUAAUUCUAGGUAAAAGAUUAAGGACAAACAUUUAGUAAACUAACCAAGUUGUAAUAUAACAGAAAGCAAAAUACGCAAUUUUUCGUAUCUUUCUCAAAAAACAAACAAACUUACUUCAUUUAAAGUAUUGAUUCAUGACAAAAGUAUUGACACCCCAGCUUUAGUGUUUCAUGUGUCCUCCUUUUGCUUUUAUUAUGGCUAUCAGAUGUUUAUGAUGAUUCUUCACCAGUAUGUUAUAUCUUGUUGGUGAAAUUGGGGCCCAUUCUGUGUUGCAUAUUUCCUUCAGCUCAGCCAGAUUCGAUACACAAAGCUUGACUACAACUUUUUUCAGAUCAGCCCAAAUCAUUCCAUUGGAUUGAGAUCUGGUGAUUGCAAAGGCCAUUCCAGAACAUUAUCUUUGUUUUCUUUAAGAAUUCCAGUUGACUUAGCCGUAUGCUUUGGGUCAUUGCCGUGUUGGAAUAUAAACUGUCUGCUAAUCAGCCUACGAGCAGAUGGUAUCAUUGUACAUUGAUACAUGGCUGCAUUCAUUCAAUCAUCAAUCACAUAAAUGUCUCCAGUCCCUGAACUGCUGAAACACUCCCAUAUCAUGAUUGAACCACCUCCACGUUUAACUGUAAGUACAAGGUUCUCUUCAAUGAAGACUUUUUUUCUCCAAACAUACUGUGGUCCAUUUUGGGGGGAAAGUUAUAUUUUAGUCUCAUUGGACCAGAGAAUUUUGUUGAAGAAUGCUUCAGAUUCAUAUUCCUUGGCUUAUCUGAGAUGUUUUUUCUUUAAACUUUUCUUUAAACGUUGUUUGCAGUGAGGUCUACAGUCAUACAGCUCAUCUGUGUUCAGGUGCCCUUGCACAGUUCUUUUGUGCUCUGUUAUAGCUAAUUCUUCUACAUUUUUCCUUGGCUGUUAAUCUUGGAAUUUUGUGGUUAUUGCUCUGAUUGUGGGUGUUGGUAUUCCAUAGUUCUGUGAUACUGUUCCGUAGCCAUUUUUUUAUAGAUUGCUAUGAGUGCCUUUCUCAAAUGUGAAUCCAACUCCAAUGCAUAUAUUUUUUUAAUUUGUUUUAUUCCAUUUUUUCAGCCUUUUAAUCUAAAGAUGCCAAUACAUUUGCCAUGAACAAAUAUUUGAAAUUACUUAAGUACUGUUUAUAGAUUGUUUCUAAAACUAUCCGAAAUGGUGUAUGUUGGUUUUUUUCAUAUUAAUCAGUGGCUAAUGCUCAGUAAACACUUGUAUUUAACAUUCUUGAAGUGUCUUAUAUUAAGUGUAGGGCGUCAAUACUUUAGUCUGCGACUGUAUAUUACAAUGUAGUUUGUCCUUUUGAAAAAAGUGUCAGCCAUUGAUUACAUUUCCAACAGGUUUAAUAGAAUUAUGAACAUUUUUUUUAAAAUGAUUUUUUUAGUACAUAACAUUAGACGUGUAUGGUGCUUUGACCUGAGUUUUAAAAAAAAAACUUGAUAUCUGCGUAAUUGCAGUAGGAUGUGAAUUAGAAAAAGGUGAGAGGCAUUUUGACAAAUUAAACUUUGAGGCUUGUCUGGUCCUGCUUAUGUAUUCUAAUGAUUUUUUGUUUUUAUUGGAGGGAGUGUUUUGUAUGUGUGAGAUACUUCUAGAUUUAUUUAUUUAUUUAUUUAUUUAUUUAGCAGAUGCCGUUAAUCCAAGGCGAUUUACAGAGACUAGGGUGUUUGAACUAUGCAUCAGCUGCAGAUUCACUUACAACAACGUCUCACCCAAAAGACGGAGCAGAAUGAGGUUAAGUGAGUGACCUCCUGGUUACAAGCUUUUGCUUUAACCACCGGACCACACAGCCUCCUAUAAGCGUCACCACAUGUGGUGUUUUUGACCUUCUGCGGGGAUUGCUGGAAAAUGUUAAAAUGCGGUCAUAUGAACCAUUUACAGAAAAAAAACUAUGACCAGGGCAGACCACAAAUAGAAUUCCAAUAGAAAUAACAUAACCGAAUUUGACUGUAGAACAAAAGGCUUACUAUAAACAGUGACUUUUCUGGGAAGUCAUUCUUAGAAGUGAAACAUCAUAUACAGCGUGCACCUUUAACUUCCUCUUUAAAUUCAAAAGAAGUAUAAAAGGGCCUCACUUAUUCAGUGACCAGCAGACAUUUGCUGUGCCCACAUCAAGGAGCAGUAUGCACUCUGGAAAAAUCAGUGCCUCCCGAUCAGGAGCCUGUCGAUGGGUCGCCAUGGCAACGCUCUGCAGUUUACUUUGUGUCCAGGUUGUGAAAGCAGUAGGCUCCCCCAGGAUCAGCAACCCAAUUAAACAAAGACAGGCAACACUGGGACAAAGGCUGGUUAUCCCUUGCCAGGCAUUUCCAGGUUUCCCAGACGACUUCACCAUCAUCUACUGGCUGGUGAACUGCACCUUCAUUGAGACAACCUACCCAUCAAAAAGGAUCCAGGAAAAACAAGAGAAGAUAUACACAGUGGGAGGACAAACUGUCAUUCAAAGAGAUCUGACAUUUAACUGGACAAAAAAGAAAGAUUUCAAAUCCAACUUCACCUGUGUGGUAAUGAACCCGGCUGGUAUGGAUAAGAUGCAGGUUACUUUAGUCCCUUCUCGAUCACAGAGAAGACACAAAAGCAGUUAAGAAUCUGUACUCCCCACGUUCCCUUUCCCCAAGCCAGACAAGAGAGGAAUUACUUCUUGCACAGCAUCUGCCUUGAAGUUCAAACACGGAGACCCAACUUGUGCAGUGGACCCUUGUGUAAACAAUUGAAAAAACCACAUGUUUCAAAGAAUUAUAUUUAUUUUAUGCUGUUACUGUACAAUAAGUGUUUAUGCUAUAACCAUGUUUAAAUAAAUGUGCUCAUUAUUUUCAAGUAGUUUGGGGAUACAAGCUCAAAUCAACCUGCCUGUAAUCCCAAUUGGUUCUUGAAAUUUCUUCCCCAUCUUUUAGUGAGCCCAGACACAAUAGUUGAAGGUACUAAAAUCUAUUUUGAUUAAACAUGACCAUGACCAAACAUACUGAAGCCAUCUUGUGCAGUUUAUUUAUUAAAUGUCUUUGCUUCUAUUUAGACAGCUAUUUGGUUUUAGUAAACUAAACUUGUUAGUCUCUUUUCUCGCGUAAGUAAUAUCUAUCUGUCAGUAUUUAUAAGAACACCUUAUUGUUACAGCUUUAUCAAUCCAAAAGUUGGACAGCAAUAGCUCCCUCUACAGGAAAGUUCAGUACACUACAAUUCCAAAUAAAUGUCUUCACACAAUCAGUUUGCCAUAUUUAAUGAACUUACUUGGAGUAAUCUAAUUCUGUUCAAUAUCAGCAGUUUUCAUGGAUCCCAAAUUAGCACUAAUCUUGGACCACCUUACCCAAGGUAACAUUAAGUAGUCCAGCAAUAGUGUAAAAUCAGUAAGUUAAACCAACCAUUAAAUACAACAACAAAAAUACUGUU